GGCACCUCAGUUACUGAGGUAUGUUAUAUGUAAAGUAGUUUGCCAGUUUAAUUCUUAGCCUAAAGGUAUUAAAGUGUGCAUUUUAAGCCAUUUUCAUUUUUUUAAAGUUAAUAUAACUUGAAAACUGAUGGCAAAUGGCAUCAGCACUUUUUGCACGGUGUAGGAAUAGGGAUGCACAGAACAGACUAAGGGUAGCCCCUAGCAAUGGUGUUGUAGAAGAGACAAUUACUCCGAUCCAGGCCCCAGAUCUCUGCCAAGUUGCAGUGUUGCCAAAGGCCGAGUGGCUCCGAAUUCAAGACAAUUUGAACCAUGUCAACAAACACAACAAUGUCCUUCAGGAAAUAUCAAAGGAACGAGAAGCUCUGCACCUGCGUUCCAAAGAAGUGGUUAAAUUAUGGUCCAACACUAUUACUAGUGGGCUGCUGCUGACAGAAGUGUUGAAGGAACGGGAGGCCCAGCUACAGCUGAAACAGAAGACACAAAAUGCCUGUAGGAACCUGGACAGAGAUAUUAUAGCUGCACUCGAAAGAAAGGAUGAGGAAGCCAUGCAGCAAGAGGAGGAAAGUGCAAAGCAAAGGAGGCUGAAAAAUAAGGCCACGGCUGAAGAUCUGAAGCAACAGAUGAAGGAGCAUGAGCAUAAUGAAAACUUGGAGAAGCUGCGCAUCCAGAAGGAGGCAGAGGAGCUCCUGCAGCUUCAAGAGCUGUACAACAGGGAGAGGCACAGAUUUGAGCAGAUGCAAAAAGAGCAGAAAAGGCGCAACAUGAAUGCAUACAAGGAGCAUAUGGCCACAAGGGAUCUUCUGAGGGCAUUAGAUGCAAAGAAGGAGGAGUUGGAAGAGGAACGCAGGAAACUCAUUGUUGCUGGAAGAGAGAAAAUGCUGCAGUUGAGGAGGGAGAAAGAAACAGAGAUGCUGCGAGAUGUGCAGAGGCGCAACGAGGCCCUGCUAGAGAGUGUCGCAGAGCUGGAGAGGCAGAGACAGCAGGAAGAGGCCACCAACGAAGAGACGAUGUUUGCUAAUGCUGUUGCCGAGAGGGAGGCCAGGUUGGCACAGGAGCAGAAGGAGAGGGAUGAAAAGAAGAUGGCCAUGCUUAGUGCCAUUGCUUUGCACCGAGACACCAAGCGCCAAGAAGAAGAGGAAAAUGAGAGGGAAGAAAAACAUAAGGAUCUGGAUAUACUUCAUGGAUCGAAAAAAGCUGACAGAUUCUUCUUUGAAGAUGAACUGCUAAAGGUUCAAAAGAUAAAAGAAGACCGGAAAACCCUACAAGAUGCCCAUAUCCGUCAAAUGGCUGAAAGGCAUGCCAAGAUGCAGCUUGAGAUGAAUCAAGAAAUGGAUUUUAAUACAACAAAUGAAGACCGUAUAGCCGAUGAGGAGAAAUGGUUCCGAAUCUAUGCCAAAGGAGUGAUUGACAGAGCUGAAGAGACUGAGCGAAACACCUACCCACUCAACAAGGCUGCCAGAAAGGGCAGUGGUGGUGGUUUGGGACCUGUUAUUGGAGGUGUGAGACCAAGCUACUUGGUUGAGCCGUAAUAGAAAAAGCUGAACAGCAUGUCUUAUAUACAGCACAAGACAAUCCCUUCCUUAACCAGUCUAACAUGGGAUCUUCAAUACUGUAAACAAUAAUCUAAAAAACAAAGCUAUUAAACAUCCAUAAAAAACAACACCAAGUGGCAAGGGGACAUGGGAAUACUCCCAACCCACCCCACCAUUACACUGUAUUACAUAACCACCAGCAACUGAAUUAUACAACUCAUGACAAGACACCUCCAGUCAGAACAACUGGUAAUCACUGUAUCAGGAAAUUCUACAGUAGAGUAUGUAUCUGGUUCGGUCUCCAAUCUGAAGACAGCAGUAACAGAAGUUGGGUCAUACAACACUACAAUAGACCCAAAUAAAGAAGUAAAUUUACAGCAGAAUGGCUUAAAUUGAGGAUGUUUCAUAUUUUAGAAUAAUAAAUUGUCUUGAGACCUUAACCGUAAUGAAACGCUGUGGCAUGGCCAGAAGUGAGCUGUUCACUGAAAAUAUACUACAAAUAUCAAUGAAUUGAAACUUCUGUAAGGAGGAAUGGGUCAAAUAUCUCCUAAAUGUUUCACAGGUCUAUUUAGCACCUACAUGAAAUUUGGUUUUGAUUAUUACUGCUAUGAGAGUUUCCAGUAGCUACUAAAAUACACCUCAAUAAAGUCAUGAAAGACUACAGUUGAUUCUUUAAUCAGAGGAAACUAAUGAGGCAUAGUCCAAAGA